GAUUUAUGUAAUCUAAUUACUUAAAGCAACUCAAUUUUGUACACUUAAUUAAUUAGCUUCUAUAAUUUGUGGAGUGUGAGUAAUUAAUUAACGAACGGAUCCAUGAAACUCCUGCCCCGCCACCCGCACUUAGCUUCUUCCAUCCUUAAUUAUUUCCCAUGUUGCGUCUGCUUUCUUAAUUUGCUUUAACUUUCUUGUUUGAAGUGUCUUCAACAGAGAUCAGAGUAAUUCUACUCUUGCAUGUUGUUCCAUGGCUUGGGGACAGGGAUUGCCAAAGUCAUGUAUUCUCCUCAUCGUGGUGGCCGGAAUGGAGAGAUUUACAUUCAAAGGGGUGGCGUCAAAUAUGAUGACGUAUCUGACAGAUGUGGUGAAGAUGAGCAACUCGUCGGCGGCGAAGAUGGUCAACAACUGGUGCGGCUUCACCUCCAUGGUCCCGCUCCUCGUCGCCCCUCUCGCCGACUCUUUCUUGGACCGCUACACCGCCAUUUCUCUCUCUUCCCUUCCCUAUCUUCUCGGGCUGUUUGCUUUGACAUCAAGGGCAUUAAGUUGGCCAUGGAGAAGGUCGACCAAUAGUGCUAGCUCCUCUCUCUUAGCAUGGUCUCUAGCAUUGAUCUCCCUCGGCCUCGGCGUUUUCAACGCUUCUUUACAGGCCUUCGGAGCCGACCAACUUGAGGAAGAACACGAUUUUCCGCCUCUGGGCACCGUCGGCGACGACCAUGAGUCGAACUCCGACCGCCGGAGCAUGUUCUUCCAGCGCUGGUACUUCGGCGUCUGUUGCGGAUGCCUAGUGGGAAUCGUGGGCAUGUCCUACAUUCAGGACACGGUCGGGUGGGGCCUGGGAUUUGCCAUUCCCGCCAUUGCAAUGGUGGCAUCCUUGACACUGUUCUUCUGUGGGACCCGGUUUUACAGAGUCAAGAAAACCAAAGAACCCAACCUGAUUCAGAUCAUUGCUUCAAGUUUGAAGAGUCACAGUGAAACUUCAGUGCCGGUGGACAAAUCUGACGUCGUCGUUGAACUUCGUGAUCAGAUCCAGAACCCAUUACACUCUCCAAAUUCCAAUGGCGGGAGGAAACAGGGCAGUGACGGCAUCAAUCCGUUACACCUUGCCAAGGUAGUCGUCUGUUUGUUGCCAACAUGGAUGACGCUCCUGAUGUUCGCCGUCAUUUUCCAGCAGCCGGCGACUUUCUUCACCCGACAAGGCAUGACAAUGGAGAGAAACAUUGGAUCCAAAAUCAAGGUCCCGCCAGCCGCCCUCCAGAGCGCGAUCGCAGUCUCCGUCAUCCUACUCAUGCCAGUGUACGACAAGAUCUUCAUACCCUGCAUACGCGCCUUCACGCGCAAUGAGAAGGGCGUGACCGUGAGGCAGAGAAUGGGCAUCGGAAUGUUCCUCUCCGUCGUAGCGAUGGUGACCGCGGCGUUGACAGAGAAGAAGAGGCUCCACGCUAGUAGGUUACAAUUGCCCGAAGAUUCCGAUGUGGUGCCGAUGAGCAUCUUCUGGUUGCUUCCGCAGUACAUUCUCCUGGGUAUUUCGGACAUUUUCACAGUGGUGGGGAUGCAAGAGUUCUUCUACUCCUCCGUGCCGGAAAAUAUGAAGACCUUUGGGGUGGCUCUGAAUACAAGUGUAUUUGGUGUGGGGAACUUCCUCGGGUCGGCGGUUAUCUCUCUGAUAGAGCACUUGACGUGCUCGAGAUCUGCAGGAGAGCAUCACAGCUGGUUCUCCGACGACAUGAGAGAGGCGCGUUUGGACAACUAUUAUUGGUUUUUGGCAUCUUCAAGCUCUGUCAGCUUGGUGGCCUUUAUUAUCUUUUGUAAGUUCCAGAGGGUUAAAUCAGAAAGCGUAGCAUGUUGUUGAUCUUUAAUUUAGAAAUUGAUAUGUUAAUCCUUUUUUCAGGACAUAUCAACAUUAACUUUUUCAAGCCUUAAAUCCUUUAUUAUGUGUGUUGAAGUGUCCAGUUACGGUAGAGGUACAAAAACUUUUACAAAAAGUCUUACAAAAGUGUAUGUGGCAUCAUCACAUUAUUUAACACAUCACAUCACAUUUACAAUACUUUUACAUCAAUAGUAAUUAGAAUAGCCACAUCACUUGUUUGUAAAUUUUUUUGUAAAUAUGUUUGUACUUCUAGCAUUUUUCUUUUGCAAUUUUGAAGAAAGAGAAAUUGUAUAUUUACUUCACAAGAAUGUACAUACAC